GAAUAUUCUUUGAGUUGGCUCACUUGUCAAUAACCUCAAAAUUGCGGCGUUCCAUAAACGUCAACAAAACCUAAUAACAAAACGUUAUUUUUAUUAAGUAUGUCUGCAGAACCGCCUUUAAAAAGGCUAAAAAAGGAAGUUAAUGUUGAAGAUGAUGAUAUACCAACCCAGCCAAACAAUGCUUUGAAAAAUUCGAGGCUUUGCCCAUAUCUUGACACCAUUAACAGACAAUAUUUGGAUUUUGAUUUUGAAAAGUUGUGCUCUGUAUCCUUAACGAGAAUAAAUGUUUAUGCUUGUCUUGUGUGCGGUAAAUACUUUCAAGGAAGGGGAAACAAUACACAUGCAUACACACAUUCAGUUGCUGAAAGCCACCAUGUGUUCUUGAAUUUGCAAACGCUCAAGUUUUAUUGUUUACCAGACAAUUAUGAAAUUAUAGAUUCUUCCUUGGACGAUAUCAAAUAUUUAUUGAAUCCCACUUUCACUGAAGAUCACAUAAAAAAUCUGGAUUCCAGUGAAAAAUUAUCCAGGGCUAUAGAUGGAUCAAUGUAUAUGCCAGGAAUUGUUGGUUUUAACAAUAUUAAAGCCAAUGAUUAUUGUAAUGUAGUUUUGCAGGCUUUGUCUCAUGUAUUACCCCUGAGAAACUAUUUUUUAAGAGAGGAAAAUUACAGUAAAGUAAAACGCCCACCAGGCGAUUCGUCCUUUCUUUUAGUACAAAGGUUUGGUGAGUUGAUGAGGAAAUUAUGGAACCCCAGAAAUUUUAAGACCCAUGUUUCUCCUCACGAAAUGUUACAGGCUGUCGUUUUGUGGAGUAAGAAGACUUUUCAGUUUACACAACAAGGUGAUCCCAUUGAUUUCCUAUCAUGGUUUUUGAACGCGCUGCACAGGGCGUUAAACGGCACCAAAAAAAAGGACAGCUCCAUAAUUUACAAGGCUUUUCUGGGGAACAUGAAAAUUUACACGCGCAAAAUUCCGUCGACAGAUUUGGACGAGAAGCAGAAGAGGGCGCUGAUGUUAACCGAGGAAUAUCAGGAAACGGAAGCUGAAUCGCCAUUUUUGUAUUUGACUUGCGAUUUGCCCCCUCCGCCGCUUUUUAUCGACGAAUUUAGAGAAAAUAUUAUUCCACAGGUAAAUUUAUAUCAAUUAUUAACCAAGUUCAAUGGAGAAACUGAAAAGGAAUAUAAAACAUACAAGGAAAAUUUCCUCAAGAGGUUUGAGAUAACCAAACUCCCUCCAUAUUUAAUCUUAUACAUAAAAAGAUUUACCAAAAAUACAUUUUUCAUUGAAAAAAAUCCAACAAUCAUCAACUUUCCCGUCAAAAAUGUGGAUUUUGGCGAGUUUUUAACCCCCGAAAUCCGAGCCAAACACAAAAACACGGUGUACGACUUGGUGGCGAAUAUUGUUCACGACGGGGAACCGACCAAAGGAACGUACAAAGUGCACAUCCUGCAGAAAUCGACGGGGCAGUGGUACGAGAUGCAGGAUUUACACGUCACGGACAUUCUCCCCCAGAUGAUCACUCUGACGGAAGCUUACAUACAAAUUUACGAAUUAAGGACGUCAUAGUGAUAUGUAUGUAUAUAAUUUAAGGAUUAAUUGAAGUAAUAAUAAGCAAUUUUUAACGUCUA